AUGUCCCGACCAACCCGGUCAGCGCAAAAGGUGUUUACAGUGGCAGAAGCGUACAACAUUAUUGCCUCUGAUACGGAGACGGACUAUGAUUCAGAAGAGGAAUACGUCCCAUUCCUAUUGCUAUCCUCCUCCUCAUCCUCCUCCAGUAGUGAUGAGGAACCAAGACAAAGGCGCCGCAGGACACUGCCUGAGCCUGCACCACAACCAAGUGAACCUGUUUGGACCCCAGUCCCUGAAAGUUAUGAGGCCCAGAUUCCUGGUUUUGUGGCCAACUCAGGUAUCCAAUUCAAUACGGAUGACCUUACUGAAAUAGAUUAUUUCAAAUAUUUUUUUUCGGAUGAAUUGGUCAACUUGAUUGUAGAACAGACCAAUUUAUAUGCGCAACAAUUUUUGGCCCAGAAUAACAUGUCAUCAUUUUCGAACUGGACCCCCGUCACUUCUAAUGAAAUGCUGAAGUUUUGGGGCCUUGUACUCCAUAUGGGCAUAGUGAAAAAGCCGGAAACUAGGCAGUAUUGGAGUGCGGACAUGCUGUACCACACCCCACUGUACAGCAACACUAUGCUCCGCAAAAGAUUUGAGGCAAUCCUUAAAUUCCUCCACUAUAAUGACAAUGCCCAAUGCCCACCCCCAAAUGACCCCUCUUUUGAUCGCCUCUAUAAACUUCGGCCAAUACUUGACCAUUUUGCUGCCAAGUUUUCAGAGGCAUACAUCCCAGAAAAGAAUAUUUGUGUGGAUGAAUCCCUAGUCCACUUCAAAGGCCGGCUGAAAUUCCGUCAGUACCUGCCCAAUAAAAGGGCGAGGUACGGAAUAAAAUUAUAUAAGCUUUGCGAAAGCAUCUCGGGUUACACUCUUAAAUUUAGAGUUUACGAAGGAAAAGACAGCGUUAUUGAGCCCCCCGAAUGCCCCCCCUCUCUUUCAGUAAGUGGUAAAAUUGUCUGGGACAUGGUGUACCCACUUUUGGACAAAGGGUAUCACCUUUACAUGGACAAUUUUUACUCUAGCCUGCCUCUCUUUCAGUGCCUUGCUGCCAGGGCUACUGUCGCCUGUGGCACUAUUCGCAAGAACCAGCGAGGCCUCCCCAAGACACAUAUUGCACAACCACUGCCAAGAGGCGAGAGCAGGGCACUUUGCAGCAAUAACAUCUUGCUGCUAAAAUACAAAGACAAGAGAGAUGUCCUUAUCUUGACAUCUAUCCAUGGCAGUGGCUCCACCACUGUCCCAGUACGAGGCACAAGUUCCACCAUCUCCAAGCCAGAUUGCAUUCUGGAUUAUAACAAAAACAUGGGAGGGGUGGACUUAUCCGACCAAGUCCUAAAACCGUACAGUGCCAUGAGAAAAACGAAGGUCUGGUAUAAAAAGCUUGUGGUGCACAUUGUGCAGAUGGCACUGUACAACGCAUACGUGCUCUCAUGUAAUGCAGGUGGGACAGGGACAUUUCUUGAGUUUCAAGAAACUGUUAUUAAGGCCCUCAUUUCUGGAGACCGAGAGGAGGAGAGCCCCAGUACUUCAUCAGCGGCGUACAACCGUAUUGUACCUGGCCAACAUUUUCCCAAUGUUAUCCCCCCUACCGGAAAAAAGGGAAGGAGCCAGAAGAGAUGUAGAGUCUGCUACCAAAAAGGCAUCAGAAAGAAAACCACUUACCACUGUGAAACUUGCCCCGAUAACCCUGGCCUGUGCAUCAAAGAUUGUUUCAAAGAGUUUCACAAAUCCCUAAAUUACUAA